CAAGCAUUUUCCAAUGUACAGAUUCGCUUCCAGGGUAAUCUGCUUCACCAGUACACACCUACCAGAGUCUGGAGGCACCUGGACGUGUUUGAAUUGCUGAGUUGUCAUCCAAACCUACUCUGCACUGGAGGGGAUAUGUGACUUGAUCUACGCUGUUAGAGAGCUGUCAGUUUAACAUUUUCAUCAUUUGCAAUGCCAAAAAGUGACACAUGGCAGGAUGGCAAUGCCCUUGACACGAUGGGAGAAAUGGACAGUACUGGCAGCUGCGACAGUGUGGUCAGCUUCAACUUGUGCUUUAGUGAUGAUGAUAGCCUGGAGUACCUCUCUGCUGAAGAAAAGGCUUGUCUCAUGUUUCUAGAGGAGACCAUUCAGUCAUUGGAUACAGAGGAUGACAGUGGACUGUCCAAUGAUGAGUCCGAUAAAUUGCCAGUACGAGGAAAUGUGGCUACUAAAGCAGCCCACCUCUCAGCGUCAAUAGGAUUGAAAAAGCUCUCUGCUCAAGACAUUCCCAAACUCCACUCUGAGGGUCCGUUAUCAUCUGGCAGCCCAAUUCAAAGUGAAAUUCUGAACUAUAUGGUUCCUACACCAUUUGUCCUUGCGAACCGUAACUCACAAAUCCCAGACAGAACUGGACUGGCUGCAUCAUGUAAAAAGGAGCUACGCAAUGUAAGCACUGAUAGUACCCAGCUGUUUCAGGAAGUUCCACGGGUUCCUUCAGAAAUCAAUGUAGUUGUGUUACCACCUCCACAUAAAAUCAAAGGGAAUAAAGGUUCAGUUAUUGAAAAACCAAAUGACCAGUGUUCAGAGAUAUUGCCCCAUAGAGGGCCCCUGCCUUAUGAGAAUCUGGUGCAGCUAUGCAAGAGUGCAUCCAUGCAGAAAACCAAUGCAGAUGAGCCCAAAACUGGAGAGGAUUUUUCUACAAAUCUUCAUCGUUCUAAUGAGGGAAGAACUUCUAGAUCCAAAACCCUUAAUCAGAACUCAGAGGCAAUGGAAAGUAGAAGCUCCAAACCCACUCCCCCUCCUGUGGCCCCAAAACCUAAAAUGAAAUCCCCACAAAAAGCACCAAUGGACCAGGAAGGAGUGACAUUCCCCUCAAACAUGUCUUCCUCUGGUGUGUUACCAGUGGAUAAAUUAAUGAACCCAGAGAAAGUGAGAAUGGAGGCUCUUUAUAAGUUGGGUCUCCUCAAAGAGGAAGCAUCUAAUUCGAGGCAGCACAUGACAACAGGACAGAACCCAACAUCUCAACAAUUGAAGCAUUCACAAUUCCCUGCAAAAUCGGUGCAAAACCAGACUAUAGGUGAACCUCUUCCUCCAUGUGUCGCAGCAAGACCUGGAAAACUGAUAAACCAACCAGUGCAGAGUUGCAACCCUCUCCGCCAGAGGUCCAUGAGUGAUCUUUGCACAGCCCCUUCACGUCCACAACAUGCCAGUAUGACUUCAGCAGGGAAAGCUGCGACACUGGAAUGCAAUGGGAUGGAAGGACAAAUUUGUACAUCCAAUCAUGGGUCCUCAAGUUCUAGCAUGACAGACUUAAAUACAGUUUCUCAGAAUCACCAGUCUUGUUCUUCUACACAUGGAAUCAAAAACAACCUCAGAGACACUCAGAUGGAUGCUAAUGAGUCGACACUCGGUAAAGCCCAAGAGUCGCAGCAAGUAUCCUCAUCCCAUUCCAAAUCUACACAUGUUCAGGGAUUGAAUGUGCUGGUGCACAGCAUUGGAAAGGAUCGGAGAGAGGCGCUACGAAAACUAGGGUUGUUGAAAAACUGAGUGUUGUUGACUGUAUUUUACACCCUGUUUACACCUGACGCGAGUGGCGCGAUGUAUCUUGUUAAAAGCAAAUUGCUCCUAUUGUAAUCAAGGUCGCAUCACAUUGCGUCGACAGUUUAAGACCAAAACAUACUCUACGCAAGUACGUGAACGCAGACGCUUCUAGGUACAUAAGCUAAAAUUUGUGCAUAGUUGCAUUCCAAAAUAUGUCAGACCGCAAUUUACAAGUAUGCGUUGCAUUCUCAACAUUGCCACCAGGGGCACUAUAGCAGAUAUUAGUGUGAACUGUCCGCUUCUACGGUGAGUUUUUCAAUUACUUCAAUUACUUUCACAACGGAGCAAUAGUUUGAAGAGAAUAUUGCUGAGCAAGUAAGGUAAAUUCAGUUAUUUAUAGCAACUUACCUGAAUAAUAAGAAAUACGCUUUAAUGGCACAGACUUUUGAAGGUAACUAUCGCCCCCUUGAGUACUUUGAUACCACCACAGAAACUCAAGGACGUACGUAAUGUAUGUUCAACCAGACAGCGCGCUGGCAAUGUGUUGCCAUGUACUUGCAUAUGUUUCUGGCCUUAUGAAUAUCCCAUUCUAUUUCUGACCUGUGGCACGCAUUUGGCACUACAACUUAUAGCUGUGAUGUAACAUCGGUCAUGUCCGGUGCAGACAGGGUGUUACUUUAAAAAUUUUAAGAAAUACAGUGGGGCACUUUAAUUUUAGAUGAUUAUUUACUGACUCUAAAUAAUGACUAUCACCUGGAUGCCUUUGCCUAAUGCAGCUCUGAAGAUUUACAUGAUAUGUUUACUUUUCCAGGUGCUAAAAUUCCUUGAAUUUUGAACUGGCUGUGUAAGUAGAUUAGCAAUUAGCCUUAAAUGACCUUUUGGUGUUGUUGUUAAGGGCCUGUUUUGCGAACCAAUUUUACAGAUUGUUUCAGAAAAUAAAUGUAUGCUUUUUACACACUGCAAAAUCUAGUUCGUAAUGUGUUUUGAAUUAGUAAUUUUGCACUUGUUUUCUAGUAUAAAUAUCUAAUAAUCCUUAAAACAAGAUAAAUUUAAUUGAGAAGCAACACUGCAUAAAAUAUUAAAGAUACAUUCUCUGAAAAUAAGGCUAAAUAUCUUAUGCAGUGUUGCUUCGCAAGUAAAUGUGUGAUGUUUCAAGCAUUUUUAGAUACAGUAUUUUUAUUAAAAAACAAGUGAAAAAUAUUGAUUAAAAACUCAAAUACUGACUGUAUUUUUACUGCGUGAUUACUACAUUUGCUUAAACAGAGACUGUAGAACCCGAUGAACCCAGGUUGUCUUUACCCCUGCCAUUCCCCUCAUAGAUCAUCUAUCAGUCAAUCUCCUCAUUUUACCCACUGUUCAGUGAGAUCUGACACAGCACUUUAGUGGAUUAGCACAUUGUCUUAGCUUGCGCCAACAGAUGAGAGUUCAUAUUACCUGGCCUCUCAGAUUCAUCUGUCAUUAAAGUUCUUUAUCUCGGAAAGUGACCUAGUUCAUGACUUGCACUGAGAAUGGCUCCUUCUGUUGUGAUUGGCCCAGUUACCAGUUGCCCUUUCACAAAGAUCCAAGACUAGCUUGUCUAAUUGAAUCCAAAUAUAAACAAUAGAAAUACUAACUUUACUGCCUUAAUCUUAAGAGCUAGCAAUAAACGUUAGCAAUUUUUAACCACAGAUGGAAAUCAACACAGGGAAAUCAUCCAUAAUUUAAGCAUAAAAUGUCUUACCUGGUUUUUGUUUAUUUUUGUCAUUGCCUGGUUACUAUGCUCCCUUUAAUCAUAUGAGAAUGUAAUGUAAUCAGCAGAAUAUAAUGCCUAAAUCAUAAUCAUGUCUGAGGGCAGUGAUUUGGAUAACCAAUAGUUUAAAUGUUUCCAUUUGGGGUGCUUGUGGUUGAUAGUCACACCACAUCUGAAUGUAUCAUUGUGAAAAUAUAGUGCCUGAA